UUUCGGAGGAAUGUUGGCUUUAACUAUCACAUGCUUGGAGCUGUCAGUGUGCCUGUACGGGCUAUGUUUAUUCGCUCCUGCUGCGGAAGCUUUAGGAUGAGCUCUGAGUGGGUCGAAUGACCUUUAGUGCACACCUAGGUAGUACAAGGUUACACUUUAGAAGAGAAUAAAUUGCUCCAAAGGUGUGUCUGCUGAUGGCAUGGGAGCCAGGGAGUGGAAAAGGCCAUGUGUACCUGAAGACCUGUCGCUGGAGGAACGCGAUGAGCUGUGCAACAUCCGACGCAGGAAAAAAGAGCUGCUGGAUGAUAUUAAACGGUAAAGUCAUGAGAUUGCAGAAGUCAUGACGGAAAUCGAGCAGUUAACCUGCGUCGGGGAGAGCAAAACCACACAACGAAACAAACAAAUCGCCAUGGGGAGGAAGAAGUUCAACAUGGACCCCAAAAAGGGCAUCCAGUUCCUUCUGGAAAACGAUCUCCUCCAGAACACGCCAGAGGACAUUGCGCAAUUCCUCUACAAAGGCGAGGGGCUAAACAAGACGGUGAUCGGGGACUACUUAGGGGAGCGGGAUGACUUCAACAUCAAGGUGCUCCAGGCGUUUGUGGAGCUUCACGAGUUCGCAGAUCUUAACCUCGUCCAAGCCUUGAGGCAGUUCCUGUGGAGCUUCAGACUUCCUGGCGAAGCGCAGAAGAUCGAUCGCAUGAUGGAGGCGUUCGCCUCGAGAUACUGUCAGUGCAAUCCUGGCGUCUUCCAGUCUUCAGACACCUGCUACGUGCUUUCAUUCGCCAUCAUCAUGCUGAACACCAGCCUGCACAACCCCAACGUCCGAGACAAACCGCCCGUGGAGCGUUUCAUCUCCAUGAACCGUGGCAUCAACGAAGGCGGAGACCUCCCGGAAGAGCUGCUCAGGAAUUUGUACGACAGCAUCAAAAGCGAACCAUUUAAGAUCCCGGAGGAUGACGGCAACGACCUGACGCACACGUUCUUCAAUCCAGACAGGGAGGGCUGGCUGCUCAAAUUAGGAGGCAGAGUGAAAACCUGGAAGAGAAGGUGGUUCAUCCUGACAGACAACUGCCUCUACUACUUUGAAUACACAACGGACAAGGAGCCCCGUGGGAUUAUUCCCCUGGAGAACCUUAGUAUCAGGGAGGUGGAGGAGCCCAGGAAGCCCAAUUGCUUCGAGCUGUACAACCCGAACCACAAGGGUCAGGUGAUCAAAGCCUGCAAGACGGAGGCGGACGGCCGCGUGGUGGAAGGCAACCACGUAGUCUACCGGAUAUCGGCGCCCACGCCCGAGGAGAAGGAGGAGUGGAUCAAAUCCAUCAAGGCCAGCAUCAGCAGAGACCCCUUCUAUGACAUGCUCGCCACCAGGAAGAGACGCGUCGCCAACAAAAAGUGAAGCGGCGCCCGGAUGACGUCGGAUACCUCAGCAUAGACCGCAA